AAGAGCGCGCAGGAGACCACGCGCUUCUGGAAGACGACGAGCAAGAUGGCGGUGGUCGUGCGAAGUUUGCAGGACCAGCUGGAGAAAGCCAAGGAAAGCUUGAAAAGCGUGGAUGAAAAUAUCCGGAAACUAACAGGCAGAGAUCCUGGCGAAUUAAGACCGGGUCAAAACAGAAGGCAGACCAUCACAGGCCCUGGUGGAGGUAGAGGGCGUGGAAUCAACAUAUUGAGGCGUGGUCUCUCAGAUAGCGGUGUAGGACCCCCAGCCAAACAGAGAGACAUUGAAGGGGCCCUCUUGAGGCUGGCAGGGGAUCAGCGAGCCAGGAGAGAGUCACGCCAUGACAGCGACGCUGAGGAAGAUGACGAUGUCAAAAAACCAGCGUUGCAGUCAUCUGUGGUAGCUACCUCCAAAGAACGUACGCGCCGAGAUCUUAUUCAGGAUCAGACCAUGGACGAGAAAGGAAAACAAAGAAAUCGGCGCAUGUUUGGUCUGUUGAUGGGAACCUUACAGAAGUUUAAACAGGAGUCAACAGUGUCCACAGACAGGAUAAAAAGACGGCAAGAAAUUGAGCAGAAAUUGGAAGUGCAGGCAGAACAGGAACGUAAAAAAGUUGAGUGUGAAAGGCGAGAGCUCUUUGAUGAAAGACGUGCCAAACAAACAGAGCUACGACUUCUGGAGCAUAAAGUGGAGCUCGCUCAACUGCAAGAGGAGUGGAAUGCACACAAUUCUAAGCUCAUCAAGUUCAUUCGCACUAAGACCAAGCCCCCGAUCUUUUACCUGCCUGGCAAAAUGUGUUCAGCCACUCAAAAGCUCAUGGAGGAGUCGCAGAAAAAGUUAAAUGGUACGUUUAAUGAGAGACGUGAAGCCUUUGCAGAACAACUGAACAAAAUGGAAGCUCGGCCAAGGCGUCAGUCCCAGAGGGCAGGGGACAGAGAAAUGGAGGACAGCCGUCGGGCUGAAGAGGCGAAGAACGAAGAUCAAAAGGAGGGUAAGGCUGGAAUAGGACCGUCAGGUGACAGACAUGAUGUGGAGAUGGAGGAGGAGGAGGAUGUAGUUGUGGAGGGAGUAGAGGAAAACUCAGAGGUGAGGGAGAGUGGGGUAGAUCAAGAGCAGGAGCCUGGGGAGGAGAAAGAGAAACAAGAGGAAAGUGAAAGGAGGGUGGUGGCGGAGGAGGACGAGGAGGAAGAUGAUGAGGAUGAUGAUGAGGAAGAUGUGGGAGCAGGUGAGAGUAGGGAAGAUGAAGAACAAAUGGAGGUCCAAGAAGUUUCCAGGGAGGUUGAAGAACAGGGUAAGUUGCAGGUUGAGAGUCCACAAGCUACAGUAGAAGAGGUAGGUAGUGACCAGAGGGAGAAGGAGCAGGAGAUAAAGGAGUCGUCUCAGGAGGACAUCACAACAGACUCGCAGAAAUCCCCUGAAAAUCACAUGGGAACACUGGCCAUGGAAUCUAAAGAGCCUCUGCUGGAGGUCCCAGCCCCUAAUGCAGUAGAACCUGAUGCCAAACUGAAAGACCCUGCUCUUGAAUCCCAACCGUCACCACCUGAACCUGAUCCAGAAGUACCUUCCCAGGAGCAGAUUGAAGAGCCAUCAGUCCAGCCAGAAGCACCAAAGUCAGACACAAAGGAGGCUAGCGGAGGGGUAGAUAACACUCGGGGUCGCACCAAAGUUAAAGCCAAGAGGAGCAAGAGUCGAAGCAGCAGUAGCUCCUCUUCCAGUUCAUCUUCAAGCUCCUCUUCCAGUGGAUCCAGUUCUUCCAGUGGCUCCAGCAGCAGGAGCAGCUCCUCUUCAUCCAGUUCACGCUCUCGAAGUCACGGCAGGGAUAGAGAUGCCCGAGACCGCAAAAGCCACCGGAGACCGCCAGACAGGGAGCGUAGGAAAAGCGGGAGCGAGAGGGGACACAAGUCCUCCAAAAGCAGUGGCCGCGAGAGCAAAAGUUCAAAAGACAAAGGCUCUAAACCCGACAGAAAGAGGACGAGUCCAGAGGUGAGCAGGUCAGGGAGACGCCCCUCCCGGAGUGAGAGAGAUCGCAAGUCUGAUAGAAAAGAUCGACGUUGAUAAAAAUUCUUUCUUUAAGGCCAUGUUUGUCAGAAUUGUGUGGUCACUAUAGGUUUUUGAGGAGCGGUUGCCUUGUUCUUGAGUGACUUUUAGAUUCAAAAUCUUCCAUCUGAUUUUUUUUAGUUUUGUCUGUGGCAUCUGCUUAGGUGGACUUCAGCGUAUGUUGGAAUUUUUAACAUUUCUAAAGUCUACUUUUAAGAACUGUCACCCAAAUGUAUUGGAUUCAUACAGCAUUAGACUGAGAUUUUUUUGACGUUUUCGACUUUUCUUGAAAUGUUUCUUGUUGAUAACUCAGCUGUUUGGCCAUGUUAAUUCCAGUAAGUCUGUCGUAUAGUACCUUGCUGACUUUGUAGUUAUGUGAUGCCAUAAAGGUGUGAUUUCUAACCUUCAUUAAAUGAGGAAUUUCUGAUACAUUGAAGGUUUUCUUUGUUUUGGAACGAAAUUGUCUUUUGUGGAUAUGAUUCAACUCAUCAAACAUUAAAGGCAACUAACUCAGUUCUUGGACUUUUGUAAAUCUGCAUUCAUGUGUUUUCAAUUGUAAUGGAUUCAUCUUAAAGAAUUUUAGCAGAAUCUUGAUUUCAAUGCUGUUUUUUUUUAGUAAAGUCUGCUAAUCCUGUCAACUUAAAAUAAUUUAUUUUAUUAAUAUAUUGGUUCAAAAAUGUAUGCAAUCUAAGAAAGCAAUUUAAUUAGUCACUCAGAAAAAGAAUUACUUAAUAUAAUGUGUAAAAAUGCUUAUGAUAAAAGGUACCUACCUUAGAAGUACAAAUUUAACUGCUCUGACCAUAGUGUAGUUUUAUGUUCCACCUCAUGGUGGCAGUAGUGCUUUACUAAACAAAAGGAUGCAUCUUAGUUCGUCUGGUCAUUGCAGUGUUUUUAUCAGCAGUGUCUCGUCAUUGAGUGUAUUAUGGUGAAAUAAUGCAUACAAUUUCUCAUUAUCUUAGACUUGGGCAUUUAAAAUGGCUAUGUAACUGGAAACUCUUACUCUUACGUCAUUUGCAAGUAUUUAAACGGCUCUUCCUAGUCACUAUCAAACAUUUGAUAAACGUUUAGUUCUAGAAAUAAUGUAGGCAGCAAUAGAAGUAUUAAACAUUUGUGUAAAUAAAAUUCUCUGGUCCAAUAGACUUCUGUUUUUCAGCUCUACUUUCUGUGGCUCAGUUUCAGACAUCUUAAUUCAUGUCCUGUGUUGUGGUUUCAUUACACUUCUGUGCUACUGAGUAGAUCUUUAUUCCUCUUCCCCGUGUAACAUCCUCUCUGCCCCUGUGGUCCUUCCCGCUCAGUGAAAGUGAACAAUCAGCUGUUUUGAGCCUCAUUAGUGGUAUCUGUCUCUGACGAGCAGUAUGAUGAAGCUUUUCUAUUGAUCUAUCUCCAGAGAAAACUGCUGGGUAAACAGGACAGUUACAGCUCAGAGGGGACCGGGUCAGAUACUGCCGGGGGCCACGGCGCUGGCUAAAGCUGUUGGUUUAAUUGCUUGCUUGUCAGAAGGUGAAAAAUCUACACUAUGGAUGCGGAACUAGGACUGGAGAUCUAAUGCUGAAUCA